AUGUCAUCUUCAGUACCAUAUGAUCCAUAUAUCCCCAAUCAAACAACGGGAGAGCAGUCCAACUCAAGGACAGCCGCCAUCCAAGCACAAAUUGAUGACACAGUAGGAAUCAUGAGAGACAACAUCAACAAAGUUGCCGAGAGAGGUGAAAGGUUAGACUCAAUCGAGAACAAAACUGAUAAUUUGGCCAUCAGUGCCCAAGGUUUCAGAAGAGGCGCCAACAGAGUCAGAAAAGAUAUGUGGUGGAAAGACUUUAAAAUGAGAAUGUGCCUCAUUCUUGGAGUUAUCAUUGUCAUCAUUGUCAUUGUCGUGCCCAUUGCUGUACACUUUAGUUAA